CGUCGCCACCUGCUGCACCGGAGUGGGAACAGCAGGGGCCGUCUCCGACGUGCGCUACUCAAACUCACCCGCCACCUAAACUCCUCCUGUUUACGGUUCAUUUUGCACGUUUACGUACCGGUAUAUAAAUUACUAAAUUUACAUUCCCCACCUAAAAUAACAGAAAAAAAUUACUGCAAAUUAGACCGUGGUUCAAUUGGGACACCGAGUGACUGUUCUCAUUCCUUGAGGACCUCUAUGAAAGACCGUGUGCCAGGUGGGGAAAAGGGGCAGGUCAGACGACAGCAGGCAGGGAGAAAGUCACACAUAAUGGGGGACUUUUGACUUCACGUCACGUCACGUCCCCGGACCCAGAUCGCAUUGCCCCUCGGGAUUCUGCAGUUUCAGUGAAUGAAAAGUGUGUUUUCUGUCAGUGAAAGUGGCAGCUUGAAGGUGUGAGUGAGUGUGUGUGUGUGUGUGCAUGUGUGUGUGUGCUGAUCCACUGUAGUAGCAUGUUGCCACCCGUGAAGAAGGACCGGAUCAUUAAUCAGCUGCCACAGUGUUUUAGUCCAAAUGCGGCGCUGCACACCAAAGAUGGCUUCCACCCACAGGUGAAGGCUGUCUGUCAGGCGCAGAAGGCAGGCACGGUCAGCUUUAAUGUCGCCAAGGUCAUUGUAGUGGGAGAUGUUGCAGUCGGGAAAACGUGUCUGAUCAGCAGGUUUUGUAAGGGUGCGUUUGAUAAGAACUACAAGGCAACCAUAGGGGUGGAUUUUGAGAUGGAGCGCUUCGAGGUUCUCGGUGUUCCCUUCAGUUUACAGCUGUGGGAUACAGCAGGCCAGGAACGGUUCAAGUGCAUCGCCUCCACCUAUUACAGAGGAGCACAAGCCAUUAUAGUGGUGUUUGACUUAAGCAGUGUGAACUCAUUAGAACAUGCCAGGCAGUGGCUAGAGGACGCUAUGAAGGAAAAUGACCCAUCCAGUGUUUUACUCUUCCUUGUCGGUACCAAGAAGGACCUUAGCUCUCCUGAUCAGUUGGCUCAGAUUGAGCAGGAGGCCAUCAGACUCUCUGAGGAAAUCAAAGCAGAGUACUGGGCUGUGUCUGCAAAGUCAGGAGAUGGCAUCAGGGAUUUCUUCUUCCGUGUGGCCUCUCUGACUUUUGAGGCCAACGUGUUGUCUGAGCUCGAGAAAAGUGGGUCGAGGCUUGUCGGUGACAUUAUCAGGAUCACAGACAGCACAGAAGCCGAUCACAAACCAACCAAGAGGAAAAGCAACUGCUGCUGAAGAGAGAUUAGAGAGAAUGACAAACGCCUGGAUACACUGGACCAACUACACAGCAACACACGGCACACGGAACGGGAAGAUUAAACUGAAAUAUGGACUCAGCAUGCUCAAUGUAGUUCUCAUGAAUAGACCCCAUGAAAAGCAAUUUAGUAUCAGCUAAAUGUUGUGUUUAUGGUGCUCUGAAUAUGGCCUGAGAGGGAAUUAAUAAUAACCAAAGUUGUAUGUUUGACAUAAUGGAUUGUUAGUUGAGGCUGUAAACAGCAAGAAGUCAGUCAGCGGAAUGACCAGAAUAGCGUUCUCUCAGGAAUGUUUGUACUGCUGAGCUACAACAAAUAAAGCUUUGUGAUAUGCUUGGUUACAUAAACAUUUAUUCUAGAUCUUUUAUGAAACUGCUUUUGGUUGAUGCUUUCAUAAACCCGUCUGUCCAUCUGUCUGUCUGUCUGAAAGAACAUUUUUCUCCUGUUAUGGCUGAAAUGUCAGUGCCAGGCCUAAUGCAU